CUUCAUAUGCUCCUAACACUCACUUCAUCAAUUCUCUUUUUCGUUUCCAUUUAACAUCCUCAGAAGAAGAUGAAUAGGCCGGGAGAUUGGAACUGCAGAUCUUGUAGCCACCUCAACUUCCAAAGGAGGGAUUCAUGCCAACGUUGUAGAGAGCCUAGACCGGGCGGCAUCAGUACUGACUUACUCGGCGGUUUUGGUGGCCGUCCGGUUAGUAGCUCCUUCGGUUUCAACACCGGGCCGGACGUGAGACCCGGUGAUUGGUAUUGCAACCUUGGGAGUUGCGGGACACAUAAUUUUGCCAAUAGGUCCAGUUGUUUCAAGUGUGGUGCCGCCAAAGAUGAGUUUUCAAGUUCAAGUGCUGCUGCAACAACCGGGUUUAUAGACAUGAAUAAUGUUGGUCCAAGACGUGGCCUUUUUGGUUUUGGCAGCAGCAGUGGUGGUGGCGGCACAGGCCGUUCUCCUUGGAAAUCUGGAGAUUGGAUUUGCCCAAGGUCAGGCUGCAACGAACAUAACUUCGCAAGCAGGUCAGAGUGUUUCAGGUGUAACGCACCAAAACCUGCCACUGAACCACCCUAUUAGUCCAACAAUAAUUGAAACAUUAGAGAAGAGAAAACUGAUGAAGAACCGGAGCAAGAUACCGACCCUUUAUGUCAUGAUUUUUUUUUCCCUUUAGAUUUGACACGUUUCAUAUCUUGUAGGACCUUUGUUUGGUUAUGUUCGAAUGUAAGCAAGACAAAAAAAAAUUCUGAUGUCGUUC